AUGAGCCAAUACCUGCAAAUCCUCUUAAUCUCGGCCGUUCUGGUCGUUCUCGGCACGGCCAAACCCGCCUCCAGUGAAUUCGACGACGAAAAGAUCCAAGCCCUCCGGCGGUUGUUGUUGGUGGACUUGCGCGCAUUGGACGGCGACCUGAUGCCGGAUAUGCCGAUGCGACCACUCAAUGUGGAGUCAGGGGAACGGCUACAGAAGCGAAGACUCGUCAUGGGAAUGCCCAACAUCCUGCACAUGGGCAGCAAGAGAAUGGUGAAAAGAAUGAUAGAGAGAAACGCGCAACGGGAGCUGGUCAUGAACAAACGCCGGAUAAGUAAGUUUUAGUCGGCUGAAGUGUCGAUCUAACGUCUUUGAACGAUGAAAAAAGAAACGUUUAGGGGAGUUGGGCUCAAAUUUCAUCUGAAAACGUUGUUUUCUUCGGACGAUCAUAUCAUUUUAUUGAACGGUGACAACAACUCUCACGGUAUCAGAUUUACCUCCGUUUUGUUUGCCUUUCCCAAGGGAUUCUGCCAAGAUAAUUUAUUCCUUUUAUCUCAUAUUUGUUUAAGUCUUAUUUGUGCUCAAUUAUCGGAAAUAGCGCAAAAAUAACGCUUGCAAAGAAAAAUAUGCAAAUGUCUUCCAAGUCUUUAGAGAACUUGUUUUUCUUGGUUAUUCUGCAACGAAGUAUUUAUGUACAUGAUUUAGAUGACAACGUUCGUAUCCCUGUCGGCUUGAUCUUUCAAAAACUCAUUUUCUUUCCUUUCUGAUGUCAUAGCUCCCUAAAAUACGUCGUUUGGGCAUCUAAAUGGGCAUCUCGUCCUAAAGACCAAUUGUCCUUUCUGUUUUUACCUCUCUUUACCCUUUAUCUCACGAAAGUCUCAACUCAUAACCGCCGUCUAGACUGUUUUAUCCGCUCUUCUCGACUCUCGAUUCGUAUAACGAACACAAAUUUAAUGAAUUUUACGCAAACUUUCUUGAACUUCGCCCGACGCCAUUUCCCGGAACGUUUCAUAUUCACAACGGCGCUUUUGUGGCGUCGCAAACCCCAAGAUGAAUAUUUAUCAAUACCAAAAUACCCUUCCACACAAUUAAUAUGCAUUCGAAAAUUUUUUGCGAUAAUGAUAUCACGCGCGCCGUUGAGCGACCUGAAGAGGGCUCGGAGUGCAACGAAUGGACGUGCAUGACGAGCAUAACAUUUGAUGAUGUGAAUUUGGGUUCGGGAAAUCCACGAAUUCUGUAUAAGGUUGGGAAUCUUCGAAUUUUCAACUUAUUAGGGAAUUUAAAAAAAAAUGUCGGCAUCAGAACUCUUCGAAAAAUCGAACAGCUUGACUCUCACAACAAAAGUUAGCUUCCUAGAAAGUAACCAACUAUCAGCUCUCUUGUUUUUAGAGCCUUUGUGACUACAGUAACCGCACUUUUUUCUUCCCCGUCUUCCUCUUUCAAGGUACCAUGCAUAGCUGCUUGUAGUCUUCUAACUUUUGCCUUGCAAAAGUCAUAUGAGCCGUGUACCAAACUACUGUCUUCACAUUCUAAUUACACCACCUUCGCUCUUCUAUUAAGAUCCCCUUUUCGUGGAAUGCCUUAUGAACAAUUACUUCCUAAGAAUGCGAAGGCAACAUUUCUGAUGUCACGCUGUAAACAUGCAUUAAAUAUUAUAUAUAGCUUCAGCGCUUCCUCAAUUAGCCUAACCAUUGAUCAUUUACACUGUCAUCUAGUAGUGUUUUGGAAAAUGACAAAGUAUACCAGUUACGUAUAAUUUUGAUGAAACUAAUUACAGCUCUUUUGCAGGUAUGCACAUGCCGAAUCUCGUCUACAUGCGGCCCCAGAAGUGA